AUAUUUGUCUUCCAUCCUCCAUAGUCCUUCUUCACUUACAAGCCAUGUUUCAACAAAAUUCAUUCUACCCACAAGUCGAUUUGACAAAUCCAGAAGCUGCUUCUCCCUUUUCCCACCGUUCAUCGUCAUCUUCUUCUUCCAUUUAUCCUACAGUAGAAACAGAGAAUCUCAUUGCGGAAGAGCCAAACACGACACAAGCCAUGGAAAACGUUCUCGUCACGGUUCCGGGUGCGAUUCUGCAUCUCAUAGAAAAGGAUUCAAGCGUGCACCUCGCUUCAGGGGAUCUCACCAUAUCCAGCCUCGGAGAAGGGGACAAAGUGGUGGCUGUUCUCGCUCGCGUCGGAGACGAGGUUCAGUGGCCGUUGGCCAAGGACGUGGCGGCGGUGAAGCUGGACCAGUCGCACUACUUCUUCACGCUGCAAGUUCCACAGAAACAGGCGGAGAACGGAUUUGAGUUGCUGAAUUAUGGGUUGACGGUGGCGGCGAAGGGGCAAGAGAAGGUGCUGAAGGAACUGGACAGGGUUCUGGAGAAGUACAGCUUUCUGUCGAAGGAGAAAGUGAAGGGUGUGAGUGGAUGGGAGGUGUUGGAUGGUUCCGUUUCAACAGAGACAUCACCUGAAGAAUUAAAAUCAGAGGAGAAGAGGGAAGUGAUCGAGGAGCGUUCUGGUGCUUAUUGGACAACGUUGGCUCCAAACGUGGAGGAUUACAGUGGGAGUUUUGCGAGGUGGAUUGCUGCGGGGUCGGGGCAUGUUAUUAGGGGGAUUUUGUGGGCUGGGGAUGUUACUGUGGAGAGGUUGAAGUGGGGGAAUGAUUUCAUGAAGAAGAGAUUGGAGCCUGGUUCCAACUCCCAGAUUAGACCUCAGACAUUGGAGAAUAUGAAAAGGGUCAAGAAGUUGACCAAGAUGUCAGAGAAAGUAGCCACUGGUGUCCUCUCUGGGGUUGUCAAAGUGUCUGGAUUCUUCACAAGUUCUGUAGUCAACUCCAAACCUGGAAAGAAGUUCUUUAGUCUUCUUCCUGGAGAAAUCGUCCUUGCUACCAUGGAUGGAUUCAAUAAGGUGCUGGAUGCUGUAGAAGUAGCUGGAAGGAAUGUUAUGUCCACUUCGUCAUCCGUGACCACUGAACUCGUUUCACAUAAGUAUGGAGAGCAAGCGGCCCAGGUUGCUAAUGAAGGUCUUGACGCCGCAGGGCAUGCAAUUGGGACAGCUUGGGCAGUGUUCAAACUUAGGAAGGCACUCAACCCUAAGAGUGUGAUCAAGCCAACAACACUUGCCAAAGCUGCUGCCGAAGCAAAUUCUGCCAAACUCAAGGCUAAGAAAUGAGUUAUGUUAUGGCAGCAAAAGAAUUAGGACACCCUUUAUAUAGAGUAGUUUGUCUGAUUGUUCUUGGAUUUUUUAUUUUAAUCAAUCUUCAUAGUGGUUAGUAUUAUGCUUUUAAUGUAGAUGUUCGGGAAAAAGGAACCGUGUUUGUUCCUCUCUUUUUUUCAUCCAGGGUUGUGCUUUUUUU